AUGAAGAAUCAUCUUAGAAUACUCACAGGAACGAUAUAUGUUCUUUGCAUUUUAGUACAACCAAUAGUAGCGGCUAGUGGAAUUGAGUUGUAUAAUAAAGCAAUAGAUAUAAUAGAGAAGCUACCGUCACAGUAUGAGCUAAGGGAGCCGGUGUAUAAUCACAACAAUAUUGACAAUAAUUUGUUUAUUCCCCAAUACAGAGAAGACAUCAAUGAUUAUGAACAUGAGCCAAAGAGCAAAACAAGCGAAGAAGUUGAGUUUGAGAGAGCAUUAGGGAUACUAGAGGAAGCGGUGGUGUUGAAUUAUCCUGAAGCAUUGGUAGCGGCGGCUGAUGUGUACGUGUUUGGAAAUUAUUCGACUGUGGCAAACUAUUCAAAGGCGCUUGAUUACUAUCAUAGGGCGGUAUCUAUCAAAGCGAACGGACAUGCAUAUUUUAUGCUUGGGUUUUUAUAUGCUACAGGAGCGUUUGGGGAGUUACCCAUAGACCAAUCUAAGGCUAACUUGUACUAUGAGUUUGGGUUGGCAAAUGGUGAUACUAAUUCCAUCUUGGCUUUGGCGUAUAGAAGUUUAGUGGGGAGUGGAGUUCCUUUAAAUUGUGAUUUGGCGCUUUAUUAUUAUACCAGGGUGUCACAUAUUGGAAUCGAUUUAUUAAAGAAUUAUGACGAAGAGAAUGAAGAGGAUGAUCUAUUCUACAACAUAAGGUUGCCUGAUUUUAACGGAGGAAUUUACGCAGACAAAGUAAGCGAGAGCCCUACAUCAAUAUACUCGACAUCUAAAAGCUACACGUCUUCGAAGAAUGUUUUAAAUGAAUUCAAUUUGGAAAUUGACCACGAGCCAGUUGAAUAUUAUUACGAUGCGUUGGAACAAUACGACGGAGACUAUUUUAUAACCAAAAAUCAUACUAGAGCAUUUGAGAUAUUGAGAGAAUGUGUUGAUUAUGGUGAGUCGGUUUAUGGUGUGAAAAAUUAUCGUAAUGCAAAUGAAAUUAAUAUAAUUUUUUUGAGUCGCUGCCAGGGACUUUUGGGGCAUAUGUAUCUUAAGGGUCAUGGAACUGAAAAAAAUUACGACCGUGCUUUACACUGGCUUGAAGCAUCUACGAAGCUUAGAAAUACGUCCGAAGCAUUUAAUGACAUUGGACAAAUAUAUGAUAAAGGGCUUAUUGAAGGAAAACAAAACACAAGAACUGCUAUUGAGUAUUAUAAGGAUGCUAUAAAACUUGAUUCACAUGAAGCACGGCUCAACCUUGCUAAGUUAUUGAUAAACGAAAGUGGAAAUGAAGUAGUAUUUCUGAGCCCAUAUCGUGAACAAAUAUUCGAAAAUGUUCAAAAAGCAGUUUACAAAGGUAAUACAGAAGCCUUAUACUACUUGGGAGAGUUUUUACAGUCUGGAGUUGGUGCUGCUGUUCAAAAAGAUAGACAGUUCACUUGUGAGAACACUGCCAUGUAUUACAAGAUAUUUGUAGAACGAUUAGAGAGAUACUUUAUGCCACAUUUAAAAUAUGCCUUUGAUGAAUUACGAUUUGGUAAUUUUAAGAACGCUUUAAUUGGUUAUCUGAUUGCUGCUGAGCAAGGUUUAGAGAAUGCACAAGUUUCUACGUCCUAUUUACUCUUCCAGUUACAACCGUUCAUUCUGAAACAUAAAAGAAAAACGUUUACAAAGGAUAGGAUAGACUCAUCUCUUAAAUAUCUUGAAAGGGCUUCGUUGCAAAAUAAUAUUGAUGCUACAGUUUUGCUAGGUGAUCUUUACUUGAAUGGAAUUGCUGGAUCGAAUUUUUCUACGGAUUAUAGUAAAGCAUUCACCUAUUUCAACAAGGCCGCUCAUCAACACUCAUCUCACGGCUGUUACAAUUUGGCAUAUAUGUAUGAAUAUGGCCUAGGACCAGCCGAUAGUUCUGUAGAUUACUUCAUGGCUAAGAGAUAUUAUGACUUAAGCUUGAAAUAUCGAGAGCUGACCGACAGAAAUUCAAACAAAAUUCCCAUCAAUUUAGCCUUAUUAAGGUUGCGUUUUAAAUUCUUAUUUAAUAAGAAAAAGCUCAGUGCAAACGAUAAUAGUGAAACCACUGGCUGGUUGAGUGCAUUUAAGAAUAUUGGGAAUAAUAAUAAACAGGAUUCAUCAGAAGCUUCAGAAAAGUCCAAUGCAAGAGCAAAAGCUCAUCACGAAGGUGGGCUGUAUUACGACGACGAAGAAUCCGAUGUAGGGGAUUAUUUAGUAAUUUUCCUUACAGUACUGUUUUUUAUGAUAUUUUUCGUGCAGAACGUAUAUCGCCAAUUGCAAAGGAUGAGGAAUCCCAACCAGGACAAUGUGCAACCAAAUCAGAACGAUAAUAACCAACAACAACUAGACGAUCAGCAACCUCAGAAUGGAUGGGUUGGGAAUCAGUUUCAUUUCAGAAGACGAAAUUUCGAAUUCCACUUUUUUGCACUCUGA